GGCGCACUGGCGCCGAAGGCGUCCGGGCUUUUGUGUCGCCGUCGGGCGGAACGAAGCUGACGUUCUCGCUGAAGCCACAAGAGAGGUAAUGAUGACUUGGCCCGGCCAGGCCUCCGUGAGUACGCACGUUCUGGCCUCACAUGCUCUCCAGGCCCAGGCACCGCCGCACUGGAAGACGCCGGGCGCUGAUUCCUGUCUGGGAGCAAGUGACCUUUGAGGACGUGGUCGUGGACUUCACCUGGGAGAAGUGGGGAUGGCUGAAGCCUUCCCGGAGGACCCUGUACUGUGAUGUGAUGCUGGAGACCUUCAGGCUCCUGGUCUCCGUGGGACAUUGGUUUCUGAAGCCAUACAUCAUCUCCCUGCUGGUGCAAGAGGCAGAGCUGUGGGCAGUAGACUCCGGAGUUCCCCAAAGCGUGUGCCCAGACUUGGAAACUAGACCCAAAGUCAAACUGUCAGCUUCAAAGCAAGGCAUCUCUGAAGAAGAAUGAACCUGUGUUGUCCUGGUAGAAAGAUUCCUGUGGAAUGGUCUGUGGUACUGCAAAGGUGAGAACACCAAGGGCUGCUGGGAAUGGAGUCGUGAGUUCCUAGAGAGCUGUGUGGUGCAGGUGGCCUUCAUGUCUGAGGACACACUAACUCAGGAGCAGUGGCAAGGGAAUGAAUUUGGGGAAAACUUGAGUCUGAGCCCCAAUCUCACAACUCAACCAGUGACUCCUAAGAGGUGUGGUCCCCACACAUGGGGAAUACACGGAAAGAUGGAGAAACCAGACUCAAAGUUAAAUGCUCUACAGAAAACCUAUGCAAAAGAGAAACCUUACAAAUGUCAGGAAUGUGGAAAGGCCUUUAGUCACAGCUCAGCACUUGUUGAACACCACCGAACGCACACAGGAGAGAGACCUUAUGAAUGUCAUGAAUGUGGAAAAGCCUUCCGAAAUAGCUCAGCACUUACCAAACACCAGAGAAUCCAUACUGGGGAGAAACCCUAUAAAUGCACUCAGUGUGGGAGGACUUUCAACCAAAUUGCCCCGCUGAUCCAGCACCAGAGAACUCACACGGGUGAGAAGCCCUAUGAAUGCAGUGAAUGUGGGAAAUCUUUCAGUUUUAGGUCCUCCUUUAGUCAACAUGAGCGGACUCACACAGGUGAGAAGCCCUACGAGUGCAGUGAGUGUGGGAAAGCCUUCCGCCAGAGUAUCCAUCUCACCCAGCACCUGCGAAUCCACACGGGGGAGAAACCUUAUCAGUGUGGAGAGUGUGGCAAAGCCUUCAGCCACAGCUCGUCUUUAACCAAACAUCAGCGAAUCCACACCGGGGAGAAACCCUAUGAGUGCCAUGAGUGUGGAAAAGCCUUCACCCAGAUAACGCCACUAAUUCAGCAUCAAAGGACUCAUACGGGAGAGAAGCCCUAUGAGUGCAAUGAGUGUGGGAAAGCCUUCAGCCAGAGCACACUCCUGACCGAGCACCGGAGGAUUCACACGGGAGAGAAGCCCUAUGGAUGCAACGAGUGUGGGAAAACCUUCAGUCAUAGCUCCUCACUCAGCCAGCAUGAGCGGACUCAUACAGGCGAGAAGCCCUAUGAGUGCAGUCAAUGUGGAAAGGCCUUCCGGCAGAGCACUCACCUCACUCAGCAUCAGAGGAUCCAUACAGGGGAGAAACCCUAUGAGUGCAGCGACUGUGGCAAGGCCUUCAGCCAUAGCUCAUCCCUAACCAAACAUCAGCGAAUCCACACUGGGGAGAAGCCCUACGAAUGUAAUGAAUGUGGCAGAGCCUUCAGCCAGCUUGCUCCCCUCAUUCAACACCAGAGGAUCCACACAGGAGAGAAGCCCUAUGAAUGUAAUGAGUGUGGCAGAGCCUUCAGCCAGAGCUCCCUUCUCAUUGAACACCAGAGGAUUCACACCAAGGAAAAGCCCUACGGGUGCAAUGAGUGUGGGAAAUGCUUCAGUCACAGCUCUUCACUUAGCCAGCAUGAAAGGACACACACCGGGGAAAAGCCCUAUGAAUGUCAGGAUUGCGGAAAGUCGUUCAGGCAGAGCACCCACCUCACUCAGCACCGGCGGAUCCACACAGGAGAGAAGCCGUAUGAGUGCAGGGACUGUGGGAAGGCCUUUACACACAGCUCUUCCCUUACCAAACACCAGAGAACUCACACUGGGUAGACCCACUACAUGUGUGCUCUGGACAUGAGGAAGCCUUAAGCCAUAGCUUAUCUCUUCCUAGACUUGACCCAGUCAUACUCUCAAGAAACAACACAUAUUUAUACACAACACACUCCUCAGGCACCCUCAGAGAGUUUGCGAUGAUGGAAAUGAUUUCCAUUCCCUGCACCUUUGAACACAGCCCCCUUCCCACACCCUGGAUGAUUCAGCCAUGAACUCUGCCCAUUCUCAGUGCCAGCAUACGUAGGGCUUCCGCUUGCCCUCCAGAUAUCCUAUGUCCUUUUGAGUCCCAGCUCAGCAGCCUGUGGUCUGUACUUUCCAGACUCCCAACUCCAUUGGAAAGAUCUGGGCCACCUGCUUGGGCCUCCCAUCAGCUGCAUCUUUCUUUAUGGUUCAAGUUACUGGACCUUUGUAUGGGAGGUGAGACCUUCAGGACAGACCCACUGUCUCUGAUGCCUGAACCUCCCCUGAGGUUAAUCAGUGGGAAGUUAGCUGUAUUUUUGUUUCUCUCUAGAAUAAGUUAUCCAUUUGUGCUCCUUACCAUGUCUUGUGCAGAAUUGUGGUGGUCCUGAAAUCUCAGUAAGUCUGUUUUUGGUAGUGGUUUGGGAAAGGAAAUUUAAAACUAUUUUAGAAGUAUUUUAGAAUUUAUCAAAUUAGUAAAUAUAAUUUUGGGGGUGCCAGGGUUCUCAGUGCUGAAGGGACAUAGAGUAUGGAAGGAGUCACAGAUUGGAAUUGAAGGUCUCACUGUAUGUGUACAGGCACACGUGUGUGCACACAUACACCUGUGUACCUCCAUGCAUUUAUAUAUGUACAUACAUUUCAUAGCUCAGAAGACACCCUAGUAGCAAUGAACACAACUGGCACCCUGGUCUCCAAUACCAUUGCCCACUAAAAGAAACCAGUUCUUGGAGACAUGGCUGAUUUCAGGGCUGAGGAAGGACAGGACAAGAUGGGCUUGGAAUGUCCUUAUGACAAAGCAAGGAAGUAUUCAAAGAAAUGGAGCCAUGUCAUAAGGACACAGGAGCCACCCAGAAGGGAGUCCUGUUGGCUGUAUGUGGGGCGACUUGAGCAACAAAUAACUAAGAACAGCAAUAAGCUAUAACCCAUUGAAAAAACAGAAAUCUAUUUUCUGUUAAAUACCUGGAGAGAAGUAAGGGUGCUGGUUGGCAGCAGAACGCUGAGGGCCAGCUAGUCAGUGCAGGGAGGGCUGGUGUUUGGAAACCACCACCACUCUGCAACCACCACAGUAGAGACUGACAGGCAAGAAUCAUCAACAGGGUGUAAAUUUAGGGAGGGAGUUUUGAUGAGCAGCAUAUUUACAUGAUCUUAAGGUGUUUUCCCACAGAUUGCUUAUUCUCUAAAAGGAAGAAAACAGUUAAAUAUACAGUACAGAAACUGAACGCUCUGAUCAGGUGAGCAAAGGAAGCAUCGCCAAUAGGCAAGUGCACAUUGUGCACCCUGAGAUCAUGGGCAAGUGGGAUGUUAGUAACAGGCAGGUCUGGGUGAGGCAUGUGUGGAUGUUCUUUGUACUAUUUUUAUUAUUUUUGUGCCUUUUAUAAGUUUGAAAUUAUUUCCAAAUAAGUUCUAAAAGUAAUAUAAACAAAAAAUAGGGCACAGCAAUUUAGCUGUGCCCACUAAACCAGAAAUGAGAUGGGACACUGAAGAGAUGGAGGGCUGGGCUUUACAAUAACGAUCUAUCUGUGGCCCUGACGGCUGAGAGUGAGACACGUCACUGGGGAAUCUCCCUGUGGCAGAGGGAGAGGGGGAGCUCAUGGGAUUAGACUGGGAAUGAGAGUUGAGAGGGUACAUUUAGGCGUUUUUGUUUUUUUUUUUUUCCUUAAACAGAGCCACACUCAGCUUGGGAUUUGGUGGCAGAGAGGCUAAGAGAAGAACUAAACUUAGUAACUGUGGCAGAGACAGGCACCCGGUAGACACCUCUCAGCCCCUUGUGAGUGACCAGGGCCAUGGGAUCAUUUCUCUCCAAGUACAUGUAAGUGGAAGUUAUGUGUGUUGUCUCCCAGUGAAGGGGUGUGGCCCUCCCCACAUGCCCCAAGGGUCCAGUGAAGAGCAGAGCUACAGCAGGGUCUGCGCCUGGGUCCCUGCAUGGAGUAGAAUGCCUCUCCCACCGACACACAAGCAACAGCAACCACUACCACAAGAUAAUGGACUAUAAUGUGAGUGAAUAAAUAUUUAUUAUGUUAA